GCCCUCUCCGCCAUCCCGCCGUCCCCGCCCCCCCUCCUGCGAGCCUCCACCUCCCCUCUCCGCCCCGUCCCCUGCCCUCUUGCCCGCCCCGGCCCUCCUGGCGGAGACAGGCCAUACACCCUUUCUCCCCUCCCCGGUUGACCCAUGGACCAGCCUCCCCUUGUCCUGUCGUGGGUGCCGGCCGAUCGGACGAACAUUCGGAUCACCGCGGCGCCGGCUCCCCUGCGCACCGGGCCGGCCGAUUCGCACUGGCCGGCAUCGCGGGGGCGCGGCCGCGGCCGCGGACAUAGCCACCUCCCGGACACCCGCUUGUCUGGUGGCCCGGGCCGGCGACCCUCCCCGGCCUCCUUGCCGCCGCCGCCGGCCCUGCCAGCACCCCAGGCAGCACCCUCCCCGGGGCUGGGCCCGGCGGCCACACUCGGCCCGGUUCCGGCGGCCAGCGGCUUCGAGCUGACACCGAGCCUCGGGUGCGCCGGGUGCGCGGUCGCCGGCCGCCUGGCCCCCCCGGGGAGCACCUGCACCGAAUGCGGCCUGGCCUUCCCGGCGGGCUUCCUGACUGCGCCCUUCGUCAAGCCGCCGGUUCGUGUGGACAUCCGGCCGGCGCUGGCAGGCACCCCCGGGCCGGACGGCCCGCACCUCCUGGCUCUGGCCCUGGAGCUGCAGGUGACCCCGCGCCUGGGCCUGCGGACCCUCGGCGGCUGCCGGUCGGUGGAGGUGCGCGCCUGGUUCGGGCCCGGCCCGCGGCCGACGGCCGCGGCUCGCGGCGGCGGCGGUGGCGGCCGCCGCCGCCGCCCCACCCCGGCCAUCGCACAGGCUCCCGCCGAGCCGGACCCCGAUGCGGCGUGCUGCCUGUCCGGCUCGACGGCCGGCACGGUCAUCGGGCGCUUCGACCUCGACCGGGACGCCCACUUCGUCGGACACCCGGCGCCAUGGCUGCUCCUCUGGCUGCCGACCGCGCUGCCGGGCCCGGCCGUGGCGGCUGCCGUCCGCGCCUGGUGGCCGACCGCCGGGCCGCUGGAUGCCCCGAUGGUCCCCUUCCUGGGUGCCACGGCGUCCGUGGCUCGGUGCUCGGCCGGCCGACACCAGACACACAGGCACCCGGCGCGCCACUUGCCCAUCCGCCGCCUGGCGGUGGACAUCUUCCGCGGCGCCCCGCAGAUCGGUCUCGGGCGCGCCCUGGUCCUGCAAAUCGCCCGGCCACCCCCCAACCCCGAGGCCGAGGACACCCCCCCGGCGGGCGGUUGCCUCGCCGACGCUGCCGGCCAUCCGACGCCCCAGCAGCUGCCCCCCUCGCCGGAGCAGCUGCACGACGCCCUGACAGGCCGGGACUUGGUGGACCCGAUGCUACUUCCCUCGGGCCACCAUCCGACCGGGCGCACGUACCCUGUGAUGGACCGCGACCAGGCCCGAGUGAAGCUCUCCCGAAUGGAGCCCGGCGGCACGGCAUUUCGGGGGAGCAGCUGGCUGACGGUCUCCGCGGUGAUGAUCGACGCCUCGACGGCCGACGGCAGGGCCUCGGCCCCCGGGGCGGCGGCAAGCCCAUCGGCAUCCGCCGGGAUGACCACGGCGUCGCCGUACUCGAGCGUGCUCAUUGAGGGGGCAAGGGGGAAGGGGGCAAAGCACAAAUAA